ACUCUCUCGACGCAAGAGAGAGAAAGAGGCAAAUCUGACAAUUACCAGGACCACCAGGCGACAGAAGUCAUCAUAUCCAGUCCGAUCCCUCCGAUGCAGUUCCCUCACUUUGAGAAGAGUAAACAGACGGCUGCUCCCGGGUCCAGAGAGCAGAGCAGACGGACGCCCACCCCUGUGUCUCGGGAGCAGGACAUUUCCUCCCUGCAUGUCUCCAAAAGACACCGCAAACUGCUGAAAACAAGUCCCCCUGUCCAUCACAACAGUAAAAGCGAUUCCUCGCCCUCUUCUUCUUCCUCCUCAUCCUCCUUGUCUGCUUCCUUGUCCUCAUCCUCAGUCGUCCCCCCUUCUGCUUCUGGCUCUUUCACCCCUGAUAAGUGGAAAAAGCUUGUCUCUAUACAGGAAGCGCGCCGGCAACUGAUGAAAGAGAUGUGCGCCAAGUACAAAAGCAGCAUCUCCAAGACCAUCACAGGCCACCACGUGAGAAACCUCUUCGUGGAGGACAAGUACAAGUUGUUGUACUGCCAGGUGCCCAAGGCAGGCUGCUCCAACUGGAAGAGGACCCUGAUGGUUUUGGCGGGAAAGGCUCCCAAUGCUCAGAGCAUCAAACACGACACAGUUCAUGACGGCCACCACCUCAAGGAACUCAACUCCUUCGACCGAAAGGGAAUCAUGCACCGUCUGGAGACUUACACCAAAGUCAUUUUUGUCCGAGAACCCUUGGAGAGAAUGGUGUCGGCGUACCGGGACAAGUUUGAGAACCCUAACAACUACUACCACUCAAUGUUUGGGAAACCCAUCAUCUCCAAGUACAGGGUGAACCCGUCGUUAGAAGCGCUGAAGACGGGCAACGGGGUCACGUUCAAGGAGUUUGUGCAGUACCUUCUGGAUGUCCAUCGGCCAGUGGGAAUGGACAUCCACUGGGAUCAAGCCAACCAGCUGUGCAACCCGUGUCUCAUAGACUACGACUUCAUCGGCAAGUUCGAGAACAUGGACGAAGAGUCCAACUUUCUCCUGCGAUUGAUCGGGGCGCCACCCAACGUCAAGCUGCCAAAUUUUAAAGAUAGGAACCCGGCCGAUAAGAGGACCUCUACGCAGAUCACAGAGAAAUACUUUUCACAGGUCAGCACGUUGGAGAGACAGCGGAUCUAUGACUUCUACUACACAGACUAUUUGAUGUUUAACUACACUAAACCUUUUAAAGAUUUAUAUUAACUAACUCCUAUCAACUCUUGAAUCACAGUUACAUUCCACGUCUUCAUCGCUACCAUGAUAGAAACCAUAAUUCACAUGCUCACAUGGAUCUAAGCGGAGGCAUCAGAGAGACUGAACUUCCUCCGAAUUUUUCAAGAAGCUGCCUUUUGUGUAAACAUUUCUACAAGAUUCUUCGUUGUCAUGGACGACUAUGAGAUGAAAGGUUCUUGUACUAUCAAAUACCCUAAAUUGCCCUUGUAGGAAGUUGUUUUCUAGCACAUGGUGAGGUAGAAUAUUAAAUUGAUAAAUGUUAUGCUUGUUAAAAAGCUUUAAAAUGAUGCCUAAUAUCCUGUAAGUCAAAUCGGAUUUUCAAAUGCUUUUUAUGAUUUGAGGUUCCACUUGGGUGCAAUUCCAUUAAGGAUUUUAUCACAUUGCUUCAGUCAGAAGUGAUUUAUACAAAACAGUAUGUUAUAUGAGCCCCUAUUAUCUACCUUUAAGAUACCAAUAAUUAUUUGAGCUUUUCUGUUCAGAUGUUCAUUCAUUUUUAAAGAAACUUCUUUAGAAACUUGAUUCGCUUCCAGCAACAAAACUUGAAUGUAAAGUUUAUGAAAAAAUCAUUAUUUGUUCCAGAUGUAACUCCAUACAAUGUAUGAGAACAACCGUAAAUAAUUCACAACAAUAGUGGGCACGGUUCCAGUUUGAAAUCAGAUGAGGUCAUCUAAUAAUCAACGCAAUAACCUGCAAUUUGGACUCAUGUAAUCAUGUUCUUUUUGACUUACAGUAUGUUGGGCAUAACUAUACCUCUAUGUAUCAAUGAAUACUAAUGCAGGUAUUUCAUGUGAAUGGUUUUACUGAUGCUAAACUGUAAGAAAAUGAAACACUAUAAAUUGUAUAAAUCUGUCAAGUGUGGCCCACUCCGAAGCUGUGUGCACUUACUGUAGCAUUUUUGUACUUCUAACGUUGUGCUUUUGUCUAACACAUACAUGUGCUGUGCUGUAGGUUCACUAAGAGGUAUUUACUUGGGUGGUUGUAGUUUAAUGCAGGACAUCCAGGUAUUUACAGGGUAUUAUGUGGGGCUGCCAAUAUUUACUAAUGCCUAUCAGUGUUACAGACUUGGUAAUCAAUCAGUUACUAGAUUAUGUUGAUGGCGUUGGCAAGCAAAUGGGUAAAAGUCAACAGCAAAAAAACACAAAAACAAACUUUCUGACAGUUUAAAAUGUACGAUUUGGACAUUUUUAAAGAGUGUGUGCAAACUAAACACGCCCUGAACAGCUAUCACUUCUCACACCAUCAGCCUCUCUCCACCCUCUGUAUGUAACACAUCUACUCUACACCACCAUAUAGGCUUUUUUCUGACACUACUGUGUACAAUUGUAUAAUGGGCAUUCAGAUGACUCUAUAUUUUUAUAUGUAUUUCUAAAAUAUACAGUAUAUAUUCCGUGGUUAUGGUGAAGGUAGUACAUUUAUUUCCUUUUUGAUGUCAUUUGUUGUUCUUUCAGUAAUACCAGUGUAGAGUUGUUGUGUGCCAGAGGAGUUUCUUUCCAAAACGAAAUAUCCACCAGCUACAAACCACAUGCUAACUCUGAAGAAACGUAAUGACUGCAUUGAAGAAUUGAUUCCCCUCUGUGCUUUGGUUGUAACUAAUUAAUAGUUUUUCUUUUGAAAUGAUAAUGGAUAUAUGCAUUUUUGGAAAUUAGCUCUGUAAUUAUUACCCCUGAUCUGUUCUUCUCAAUAUGAAAAUAGACCCUGUACAGAUGAGCUGCAUUCCACCACCAUGACAUUUUUACACAUAGCAACUCCUGUGUGUGUGUGUGUGUGUGUGUGUGUGUGUGUGUGUGUGUGUGUGUGUGUGUGUGUGUG